GCGGUUGUUACAAACUUUGCAUUAUACGAGGAGGCUUACAUGUGAUUCCACAAAUCCUUAAAAAGGUAGAAAGGGAAGGCAUGCCCUUGGUUUGUUGCUAGCGAGAGAGAGAGAGAGAGAGAAGAGCGUCAUGGAAGAGAGCAGGAACGAAGCCAUUGAUGCAACGCAUGGGACUGACAAAAGGGAGCCUCUUCUGUCUCCAGAUGUUGAGUUGGCGUCGAGAAGCGAUUCAAUGUCGUGGAGACUCAAUCUGCAGGAGUUCCCGGCGCUGCCAGAGAGAAGAGAUGGCGAUCGAGAUUCCUUCAUUCUCCACCGCCUUCUUCGUACACCAAGGAAACGAAACAAGGUUGCUGAUUAUUAUAGGAAGCAAGAAAGGCUCCUUGAAGGGUUCAACGAGAUGGAGACCAUGACUGAAAAUGGUUGUUUGCCUGAAAGUCUAACAGAGGAUGAGAUGAAGCAGCUUGCAAAAAGUGAGAGGAUGGCAAUCCAUGCAUCAAACAUAGCUAAUGUUGUACUCUUUGCUGCAAAGCUAUAUGCUUCUAUUGAGAGCAGAUCAUUGGCGGUUAUUGCCUCAACCAUGGAUUCUCUCUUAGAUCUCUUGUCUGGGUUUAUAUUGUGGUUCACUGCACAUGCCAUGAGAAAACCAAACCAGUAUCACUAUCCAAUUGGAAAGAAACGGAUGCAGCCAGUUGGCAUCAUUGUUUUUGCGUCAGUAAUGGCAACUCUUGGAUUACAAAUACUGAUAGAGUCUGUUCGACAACUCAUUUCAAAGGCCCAGCCUGAAAGGAAUCCCGAGAAGGAGAAAUGGAUGAUUGGAAUAAUGGUCUGCGUAACUGUAGUGAAGUUUGUGCUCAUGGUCUAUUGUCGAAGAUUUAAGAACGAAAUUGUUAGAGCCUAUGCACAAGAUCAUUUAUUCGACGUUGUUACUAAUUCAGUUGGUUUGGCAGCAGCUGUUUUGGCUAUCCGUUUUUACUGGUGGAUUGAUCCUACUGGAGCUGUUAUAAUCGCUUUAUAUACAAUGAAUACUUGGACAAGGACAGUGAUUGAGAAUGUAUGGUCACUAAUCGGAAGAACAGCACCACCUGAAUUUUUGGCAAAGUUAACAUAUCUAAUAUGGAAUCACAAUGAAGACAUCAAGCACAUUGAUACGGUUAGAGCAUACACUUUCGGUUCUCAUUAUUUUGUGGAGGUUGACAUAGUUUUGCCAGAAGACAUGCUUCUGAACAAAGCACAUAAUAUUGGUGAGACAUUGCAAGAGAAGCUUGAGCAGCUCCCUGACGUUGAGAGAGCCUUUGUACAUAUAGAUUUCGAGUAUAGUCACAGGCCUGAACACAAGAUCGCGAUCUAAUGGGAAUGACGAUGACGAUGGUGGUAGUAAUGAUCAGAUCUCAACCUUUCCACGCACCAAUAAGUAUCUUAUUCAAGACCUGGUACGUUCUAGUUCUGCUGCAGUUUACCAUCUGAUGCCAGAACAUCAUUUAUCUUGAGUUUUCCAGCUCAUGUAUUUAAUAGAUUGAGCAUCACUGGGCAGUCUCUUAUGCCAGUCCUUGAUAUGCAAGCCCUUUUGUUGAAAGAUUUUGGAUGAUAUGUGAGUUGAACUUCAAGAUAAAACUUUGAAAUCC